UUCGAUUCUCUUUUAUUUGGGUCUGCAAGAGUUUCCAUUUGAUGUGUCAGCGGUUAUUUAUCUGACAAUUUCUUGCAUUAAGCAGAGAUUCAGAUCAGGGAUCUCAUGAUCAAAUCAAAAGAAAGGCCACAUUCGUCGGAAAUAAGACAUGGCGUCCGUGCUUCAACUUGGAUUCCCGGUGGAAUUGCAAUUCUCACUCUAAUCACUGCAUUUUUGCUUCAACAAUAUCCUGAAGUCCUCCAAAGUUUCUCCUCCAAAAUGAGUUCCUUCAGUGAUGACAGUUUCACAUUCACCGUGAAUUGGUACGAUCAGACCAUGGACAAAGACCGGAAAUUCAAGCUCACCUUCUUUCCCAGGGAUAAUUCUGUAGAAAUGUUUGACAUCAAACAUCAACGAGUGUUUUUAAAGCGCAUUGUCUGUGAUGGUCUUCAUGUAGGAGAUUUCUUCGUUGGUAACCACGUGGUUGUUUUGGCUCGAAGGCUGCAAGUUUUGGAAUAUGGGGAUGAAAGAACCAAGCAUGCUUUGGAGCCUAACCACGAGGCCACCUUUGCCAUGGUUAAACCCGAUGGACUCAAGAAUCUGGGAGGCAUCCUCGAACUCAUUGAAAACGAAGGUUUUGUGGUCAGUGAUGCCAAAAUGACACUCUUGUCGCGUGAGCACGCCGCCCUUUUCUAUCAGGAACACGACAGGCGUUCUUUUUUUGGGGAAUUGUUGGAAUACAUCACGUCAGGGCCGGUUGUUGCGUUAGAAUUGAUGAGAUCCAAUGCUGUCAGUGAAUGGAGGAAGCUUUUGGGUCCAACCGAUGCAGCCAAAGCAAUUCAAGACGCUCCACACUCAGUCCGUGCCAAAUUUGGAACGGAUAAGACGAAUAAUGCCGCUCAUGGGUCAGAUUCGCCCGAAGCGGCCGCCAGAGAAUUAAACUUCUUCUUCGGAAAUGACCAGAACAAAAGUGAUAGAGGUGCCUUUCCUCAAUCAUGGGCCAAAUUGGAAAACACAACCUGUUGCAUUAUCAAGCCACAUGCUAUGAAGUCAAAGUUCACGGCCAGCAUUGUCAAGGACAUCCAGGCUUCGGGAUUCCAGAUCGAAGGCCUUCAAACGUUCCAUUUGAAGUAUGAACAUGCCGAGGAGUUCUACGAAAUCUACAGAGGCAUCGUUCAAGAUUACACGGGCUUAGUGAAGCAGUUGUCCUCCGGCAGAUGCAUGGUCCUAGCCAUUGGUUAUGGUGGAUCGGGAUCGGAAGAUGAGGAAGCCAGCCAAAAGUUUCGGGAUCUGGUUGGACCGGCUGACCCUGACUUGGCCAAAACCAUUCGUCCCAAGUCGCUCAGAGCCAAAUAUGGUCGGACCAAGGAUGAAAACGGAGUUCAUUGCUCAGAUUUACCCGAAGAUGCAAAGUUGGAGGUUGAAUAUUUCUUCAAAAUCCUUCAAUAGGAUGAUGAGCCCAACUCAACAUAUCUUCGAAUGCUGUGAUUUUGACUCGUAUUUUGGUGAACCAUUCCAUGUUAUUAGUUUUUGACAGCGCUAAUAAAUCUCAUUCAUGCAACUUGCUCAAUA